AUAGUGAGCCAGUGUUAGAAUGUAGUAUUGAGGCUUUGGCUCAAGUGGCUUCGGUGAAAAGAGGUGAAGAAGUAAAAAUGCAGCAGAACCCUGAAGACUCAGUCAGCAGUUCAGUGGCAACCUCACUAAAGAACUGCGGAAUCGGAGCAACCUCUAGUUGCCUUGCUACAGUUCUGACAUUCCCAAUCCACAAGACAAUUUUUCGGCAGCAAAUUCAUGGUUUCAUCAUCCGAAAAGCCUUUGCUCAACUCUGUCAGGAAGGUCUCCUCAGGUUUUACAGAGGAAUUCUCCCUCCACUCCUAGCUAAAACAAUCCAAGGCACAUUAUUGUUUGGCACCUAUGAUAGCAUCAUUGGGAUCAUGAUGCCUAAGAAUAUAAAUUUGUACCAUCGCUCCAUUGCAGGAUCAUUAUCUGGAGCUAUGGAAGCCUUAGUGUUGACCCCAUUUGAACGUGUCCAAAAUAUCCUUCAAGACCACAGGAAAGAUGCAAAACUUCCCAGUAUCCAAAGUAUCCUAAAGCUGUUCAAUUCCUAUAGAUUUAAGGAUAAGUUACAACUUGGGUACUACCAAGGCUUCAUCCCCAUUUUAUUGAGGAAUGGAAUAGGCAGUGCACUUUAUUUCUCUUUCAAAGACCCAAUUAAGAAUGUACUCUUGGAUAAAGACAUUCCCAAUGGGAUUUCUGCAUUUGUUUCUGGGAGCCUCAAUGGAAUGAUAGUGUGUUUCAUUUUAUAUCCGCUCAGUGCAGUGAUUGCAAACAUGCAGUCUCAGAUUGGAGAUGAGAAGAUAAACCUUUGGAAGUUCAUCAAAAACUUCUGGGCAUCUCGUGCCCAAAGUUUCUCCUAUGUUUACAGGGGCAGUUCCCUGAUUAUGCUGAGGUCCUGCAUAACAUGGGGGUUAACCACUGUUAUUCAUGAUCUUUUAAAGGCAAUGCAGAGUCCUAAAAAGUAGUGAAUUGUAUACUCACAUUUGCAGAUGAUACCAAGUUAGGAGGCACAGAAGCACGACUAAAUGAAAAUAGGAAAUUACAAUCAUCAUACAAGUGAUGACAAAACUACAUGAACAAAAAAAUGGUUCUCUUUUACCUGUAAUAUAAAACUGUAAAACAGGUUAACAGCAGCACCAGAAUAACAAGUACCUGAAAACGUGCACACUGAGAUACCAGUUGACGUUAGGAAAUAUUUCAUCCAAAAUUUUAAUAGACAAAAAAAUAUGGCCUGUGUGUCUGCGAUUUCCUGAUGCAUGUAGGAAGAUGCCCCUUUGCAUUUUCUACAUAGAGUCAACUCCAUUGGGCUUAACAGCUCUCCUGUAGUUACCAGUACUCCUGUAUGUAAAACUAUCUCCUGUCCGGUCACAAUGUUAAUAUCUGGUAUUAAUUUCACUUUCUCUUGCUGCAUAACUGUGCAAAUUAACAAUGUGCAAACUGUUGCAAUUAACUGUAAGAGCUGUAUGUUUAAGCUACAGGUACUACAGUUCUACUAUUUCUCUUCUUUAGGUAGUCCUUUGAGAUCAUGAAUGACUUGCAUUCACCCCUGGUUUGUGGGUCCUAGGGUGACCAAUUUGGGAACUGCAGACUCAUCCACAAUGGAACUGGAAUUGUCUGACAGGGUGAACGGGUGGGUAGUUUAUGGUGCUCUCCUUCUGCCGUUUACACAGGGCUUGUGUGUGCUCCCAAGGCAUGAACUUAAGGUUCCCAGUACUAUCCAGAAUGCUCCUCCUCUACGGUAUAUGAUCAUAGGCCAAGGAGCUCCAAGUGUUAGUGGAAAUGUUAGAUUAUUUCAAGGAGACUUUAAGCACUUUCUUGAAUCUUUUCCUUUGUCUACCCAGUAAUCUCUUCAUGUGACAGAACUCAGAAUAGAGUGAGGAAACUGGGGUCAGCCAUUGAAUGUGGCCUACCCAACCUUGCUGACCAAGUGUAAUGAGGUCCUCAACACUGGGGAACUGGUAUGGGAGAGAACAUGGAUGUUGUUCCACUUAUUCUUCAAGUUGGAGGGUUUUGCAGAAAGCUUUGAUAGCAUCUUUCCAGUACCUUGGAGGUUCCUGUUGUAGGCAGAUCAAGUCUCAGAAGCGUAGAAGGGAGGGAUUACUGCUGCCUGACAUACCAUGACUUUUGUGCCAGAUCUGAGGCCUUGUCUUCAGAUAUCCUUUUCCUCCAUUGACUAAUGGCUGUGCUGGCAUAUUGAAGGCAAUAAUGAAUUUCAUCACUGAUGUUUGCCUUCAGAGAGGUAGCUGUCAACUUUUUCCAGAGUAUUGCUGAGAAUCCUUAUUGUUGGAGAGCGAUGUUGUACAGAUUGGUAGAUGAUCAAAAUAUUUACAAAAUUUACAUCAAAUUAAAAUAUUGCCAUCCUUGUCCAGGAUGCACUUCAGCCCCUGCAGCUUGAAUAUUGAGGUUUGCGUGACCUUGGUUCUGGAGUGUAGAGGCUGUAAGUUGACUGGUUUCCCAUUUGCUCUGAACAUCAGCUCCACUCCUGCCUUGUUGAAGGCAAGGAGCAGAAUUAUGGUGAGAAAGAUUGAAAGAAGGGUCAGGGUAGUGAUGCGGCUUUGUUUGCCAUAGUCUUCACUGAGAUUAGCUCUGUGUAAACCUGUUGGUUAGGAAUAUAAUUUGCAAGCCAUCAUGAAACAAAUGUAAGAUGGAGAUGAAUUUCUCUGGGCAGCCAGAUGUGAGGAUAGUAUUGCAUAAUCUGUCCCUGUUGGUGGAGUCAAAGGUUUUUAGGAGGUUGUAAAAGACCAGACACAGUGGUGUAUACUGCUCCCUACAUUUCUCUUGGAAUCAUUGCAUGGUGAACAUCAUCUCCACUGUGCUUCUAUAUGGGUGGAAUCCACAAUGCUACUUUGGGAGCAGGUUGUUAGCUAAUAGGAGGAGGUGGCUGAGGAGGAUUUUGGCUUCAACUUUCCCGUGGCCAAAAACAGGGAGACGCCUCUGUAGUUCAAACUGGUCUCCUCUCUUGAAGGUGGUCACAAUUAUACCAUCUCUGAGGUCCCUAGAUAUCCUCCUCUUCCCAGAUGUGGACAAUGAGAUCACUACUGUUUUAUUACUGUUAAGUUUUAAAACUUCAUCGGAAUAUCAAUUACUCCAGAGACCCAGUUGCUUUCUAAUACACGCCAUUUGGUAACAACAUCAAAACCAAGAUGGGCCUACCUCUCCAAUUCUCACUUCCAAUAAAAACAAAAGAAGAAAUGGACUUGUAAACAAGCGAACACAAGAGGAGAGACAGAAGGUUACACACCUUGACUGGGUUGCAAAAGCUGCCAUUCGAGUUAAACAUCUACAAAUAAAUGGCACAGUAUG